CAUGUAAACAAAACAGCAUGUUGGGGCGUGCUUGGGAAGGCGCUCGCCUUUUCCGGAUGAAAAGGGCUCCUAAUCACGCCUUUAAAGUCGACAGGUUUAUAGCUACUAGUGGUGUGGAUUUGCUGCCUCGAGGGACCACGAGAAAUGAAAGGAAAUCUGAGCGACAUGAGAGAGAUAACGUCGAUCACUUCCAUGAGUCAAACUUGUCCAUCGAUGAAGUGAAGACAAAUUCUGUUUACCAUCAGGAAUCAGAAAAUACUGGUUUGAAGUCGCACAGGGACAUGAGGUCAAUUGAUCAGGUAGAUCCCAUUAUUUUGAAAUAUAGCAAUAUGCUUUCUGAUCUUCGCGCUGCCAAAAACGUGCCAGAAAAAGUGCACGAGACCAACUUUGGAAGUAUAAGAUUUGACAAUGAAAAUAUUCCAAAGGUUCAUGGACAGUAUGAUAUGACAGAGGAACUUGGUAAAGGGGUCCUCAAGAAAAAGAAUGGGAUUGAAGACAUUGUAAUAACUCAAUCAGUUGAUGACAAUGGAAAAGAAUUUCCAAAGAGUAGUACUCAGGACAUUCAGACUGCAAAUUCUGUGAGUGAGCAAGUUGCUUUCAGAAAUUCAAAUAACUAUGCAAAGUCAGAGGAUAUGUUAAUACAAGAUAAUAACUUAGAAAAACAGAGUGGAAGUCAAGACAACUAUAUUGAUGAACUAGUUUUCAGUAAAGCAGAGGAAGAUUUUCUAAAGUUGAAUGUGAAGAAGACUGAACAUAUUACUUCCAAGAAACCACAAGUCAGAGAUGAUGAUUUGAACUUUGUUGAUAACAUUUAUUUUAGAGAUGCAGUGGAAAGCUAUGACAGCAUCCCACAGUCCGAAACAUCUUCAAAAACGAAGUUACAAAAUGUUGUAAAGGUGGCAGGUGAAUCAAAGUCUGUUAAGAGUACUUCAAGUGAAUUGCAUUUCAUUGAUGAUAUAUAUUUUAAAGAUUCUUUAGACAAUAUAACAUCAGCAGAGAAUACCAUUACAGACAAUAAAUAUUCAAACAUUGAGAGAGAUGUUCUGAAAUCCAUGAAUCCCAAGACAGCAACAGAAGUUGAGAGAGUUCAAAGAAAUGAUUUGGAAGUUAAAGAAGAUGAUAUUGGAGAUCUAUCAUUAAUCCAAAAACAGAUUGGGGAAAAUGUACAAAUGGGAUCCAAUAAAGAACACAUGGAGCGGGUUGCCAGAAACUCACAAACCCAAGACAGAAACAACACUUCACAAGAGAGUGCUUAUAACUUUGUUGUAAAGUUGAGGAAGGAGGAGAGGGAGAGCACUUUUGAAAUUGGGGAAGAGGGUGGAAAGAAGAAUUACAAGAAAGUCUUGAGUUUAGUAAAUGAAAAGAGAAACGAAAAGUAUACCAAACAUGAAAUUGUAGGGUUGUUAAAAAAGAGUAUUAUUUAUGAUAAGUAUGAUAUCAUUGGUCUAUAUAAGCCUUAUGGACUUAGUAUACAUGGGGGAGCAGGAGGAAAGCACCAUGUAUUAACCAAUUAUCUGCCUGAAUUGGCUCGAUUUUUAAGGAACGAUGAGCUUCACUUGGUACACAGGCUUGAUGCUGAUACUACAGGAGUGCUGCUCUUAGCAAGGACUCCAGCAAUGGCUAGCACUUUAAAGAAAAUGUUCAAGAAACGUCAAGUAAAAAAAACAUACUGGGGCAUUACAAAAGGCAUACCAAAGCCUCUUCAUGGUGUGAUUGACAUACCUAUCGUUGAAGGCUUAAUUGAUGGUCGAAGACGAAUGGUAUUGUGUCCAGAUGUCCCAGGACUUAAGACUCCUUUAGGAAGCAGACAACAGGCAAUCACAGAAUUCAAGGUUUUGUCCAAGGCUAAUGGUACAUCUCUAAUUGAGUUGUCACCUGUAACUGGAGUGAAGCACCAGCUCCGUGUCCAUCUCGGGUUUGGACUGGCAUGCCCUGUCUUAGGUGAUCACAAAUACUCUCAUCUGCAAAAAUUGGCACCACAGCGGCUUCCAGGGGACACACUUACAAGUCUCAAAAUAAAGCAGAGUAAGGUGCGUGACCUCCCAAUUUUCCUUCACAGUAGAUCAAUUUUGCUACCAGAAAUUAUCGAAGGAAAAAAUAUAUUCAUCACUGCAAAAUUGCCAGCAUUUUUCAACAAAACAUUAUCAUUGCUGAAGCUGAAUAAACGUAUGAAUCAAGUAACAGAUGUAGAUCUCAGAAAUGCAAAUUAAGUUGUAAAUGUGUAUAGAAAUUCUGUUUUUUUGUAUUUCAUAAGUUUACUCCUGUUGUAUGAUGUAUGUAUAUAUGAUGUAUAGGGUAAAAUAAAGUUCAAAGUAUUUU